CAGACACAGACAGAGGGGCAACGAUAGUACCAGAACCUGAGUACAGACAGAAAACACAGUAAGUUGUUGGAGAUGUCUGAGGACAUCUAUGCUGUGCCAGAUAUGACCAAGAAGGUCAGGUUUAACAGAGGUGAGAUGAAGGAGAGGAUUGUGGAUAUAUAUGUCAGUGCAGACACCCUGACAGAUGGUGAGACCAGCACCAAGAGAGAAGAGACAGCAGACACUGCUCCUAAUAAUGGACCAGGAGACCAGCACUCAGUACAUGUUCAGUGGUGGAAGACACCCUCUGGAGUUGCUGCAGUGUGUCUGGGGCUGCUGUGUGUUCUCCUACUGGCUGGGAUCAUAGGCCUGUCUGUUCAAUACAGCAACGUCUCAAAGAACUCAUCUGCAGCAAGAGACCAGCUACAGACCAGUUAUAACAACCUGACUAAAGAGAGAGACCAGCUACAGACCAGUUAUAACACCCUGACUAAAGAGAGAGACCAGGUACAGACCAGUUAUAACAACCUGACUAAAGAGAGAGACCAGCUACAGACGAGCUAUAACAACAUAACUAAAGAGAGAGACCAGCUACAGACUGAGAGAGAUGUUCUUAGCGGCAGGCUUUCCAAUCUCAAAAAAACCUGUCCUAAAGGCUGGCAGAAGUUUGAAUCCAGUUGGUACUUCCUGUCUACUGAGACUAAAACCUGGAAGGAGAGCAGACAGGACUGUCUGGAGAGAGGAGCAGACCUGGUGAUCAUAAACAGUGAUAAGGAACAGACAUUUCUCUUCAACCUAGAGAAGAGAGUCUGGAUUGGUCUGACUGACUCUGUUAUUGAUGGGACCUGGAAAUGGGUGGACGGCAAACCACUGACCACAAGGUACUGGUGUGACCCACAGCCUGAUAAUGGUGGUGGCAAUCCAGAAUAUGGUGAGGAGGACUGUGUUGAGAUACGCACAUAUCAGUCCUCUGAAUGCAUGGAAUGACUUGUCAUGUGCGGAGAAUCUUCACUGGAUUUGUGAGAAAGUGGUUUAACAUCACCACGACAACAUACUGAAACACAUACAGCGGCCUUCAGUGCACAGAACGUCCUCCUUCAUUCUCUCUCUCUCUCUCUCUCACUCUCUCUGUCUCUCUGUCUCUCUGUCUGUCUCUCUCUCUCUCUCUCUCUCUCUGUCUCUCUCUGUCUAUCUCUCUCUGUCUCUCUCUCUCUCUCUCUCCCUCUGUCUCUCUCUGUCUCUCUGUCUCUCUGUCUCUCUCUCACUCUCUCUCUCUCACUCUCUCUGUCUCUCUGUCUCUCUGUCUCUCUCUCUCUGUCUCUGUCUCUCUGUCUCUCUCUCUCUCUCUGUCUCUCUGUCUCUCUCUCUCUCUCACUCUCUCUGUCUCUCUCUCUGUCUCUCUCUCUGUCUCUCUCUCUCUCUCUGUCUCUCUCUCUCUCUCAAACCCACACACAGAUGCACAAGUGUGUUUUAUUUGUUUGUAUUAGCAUACUAAUAAAA